AUAAACACUGAUAAUCUCACUCUAAACCAACGCCUGUACACGCGCGUUUGUCUUGUUGGGAAAAAUAUAUAUUUUUUAUAUCUAAUUUCGGUCUGAUCAUCAAUACGUUCCGCUCAUUCGGUCAUUCCAGUCUUCAACAACUGAAUGAAUGUAAACACGCGUUUAGAAAUCCAAAGACGUGCAUUAUUAAUGCUGUGAAAUCUUUGAACUAGUUCACAAAAGGGACAGUGCUGUACCGUUAGAUACGAAGUUAAUUUGUAUUCACGAAAUCGGAAACCAACAGGUUAUAGAUAAAAUUCUUCACCUGUACAUUGUGUAACUCGUUAACGUUAACUUGAAACGUACAGUUUAUAGUGUUGUGAUCGAGUUUCAUAGGGAAGUGCUAUGAAUCAGUGUUUAUGAUGCGCGAGCGCUCGCCCAUUCGAUUUUUAGUGUUAGAUGUGUUUUAGCGAUGAGUGUGCCUAAUUUGAGUGUCGAUCAGAGAACAGAAAUCGAGGCUGCAGAGGCAUGCACUUGGCUGCGAGCUGCCGGCUUCCCUCAAUAUGCCCAAAUGUACGAAGAUCUGCAAUUUCCAAUCGACGUGUCCGGAGUUCAAAACGACCACCCAUUUUUGGACGCGGACUCGCUCCAGUCAUUGUUCAGACGACUCACCGCCCUCAACAGAUGUGCCACCAUGAAGUUAGAGCAUCAUCAUCAUCAGAAGAGAUCGAACGACUCUGACGACGAACAAUGCGCAUUAAGCGAUAAAUGGCAAUACGAGAGAAAAUCUCGAAGAUGGUCCCGGGUCGUGGAAAUUACGCCUCAAGCACAAAGGAGAUUACAGGUGAUAGCAGCCAGAGCGCUAGCAGAACGAGAGGCAAGAGAGGCAAGAGGUGAAGUGGAAGAUGAUGAGGAUGAAACUCUACCAACCAUCAGGGUUGGUCUGGUUGACGCGGACGGACAUUACACAGACGUAGAACCAGAUCUUCUGACAGUACCCGGACACCAUAUGCAGUUACCAAGUGAUAAAGAAGAUGAAGAGGACACUGGAACCAGGUUCAGGCGAACUGGGUCCGAAAGAUUACGGGACGGGGCCAAGGCGUUAUUAAGGAGGGUCGAGUCGCUGAAAACGAGAAGAAGGAAACGGCAAAACAGAACGGAAGUUAUAGUUUCAUCGCCACACUUUCUGGACGUCAAUCAGGACAAAUAUGCUGAUUUGAAUUACAUAGAUAUGACGCCCACUACUCCAACAGCCUUUCCCUUCCCGGACUUCCACAGUUCGCCAGUCCAUGCACCAGCUAUCCGUACGCAACCCCCUUCCCCCAUGACGAUAAUGCCACCAUCUCCCAUCGCUCCCCUUGAACAAUCCUUCGUGUUACACGCCCCUUUUGGUGACGACAGUUCCAGUUAUGCCUCUGAUAACAGUAUGGGAUCAAGCAAUAAAAGUUCUAAGUCAAAACUGGGAAGGGCCAAACGAAUCUUUCAUAGAGGACUUAAAAGUGACGAUUCGAGCGCCUUGAGCGAUUCCGAAUGCCAGCCGGCUAGUUGGAGGCACAAUUACUAUAAAGAGCAUAACACUCAUCAAAAUACUGAGGUUUAUGUUGAACCUCCAUCACCAGUUGAACUGAAGCCAGAUCCAGAAGUACUUCGAGAGGUCCAAAAAUCACCAGCACAUACAGCUCAUAGACGCCAGGCAAUACGGACGAGUUCAUUGAACUUGGGAAAGGACACACCAAAAUUUCGUGAUAGAAGUCUCAAAAGGGAAAAAUCAGCAUCGAGAAGCUCCGAAUUGGACAGUAGUCCGAACUCAGCGGGGUCAAGGUCGCAUGAUGGUGACCACGAUGACGAUGAUGACAGCCUGGAUAUAAAGACAAAGAAAAGCAAUAUACAAAGAUGGUACUCGUUCAGGACGAACGUACUUAACGGCGGCCCCAAAGCAAAUAAUACUCUGCAGCCUGCCCCCAACCAAAAGAAUCCUGAAACUUACUUGUCACGUCCGAUGUCGUCACUGUCGUGUGGUCAGCUGCAUAUACUGAGGAAGCUAGCGUUACUGCGGCUGACAGCUUGUAUGGAAAGAUAUUGUCCGUCGCAUAAAUCCGGUUGGAAUUGGGAGCUACCUAAACUUAUAAGAAAGAUCAAGACGCCAGAUUACAAAGAUAAGACAGUUUUCGGCGUACCUCUGACAGUAUCUCUACAGAGGACGGGUCACUCUUUGCCAAAACCGAUUCAAUGCGCUCUUAAUUGGCUGAAAAACAAUGCAUUAGAACAGAUGGGUAUAUUCAGAAAGGCGGGAGUAAAAUCUCGAAUAGCCAAACUGAGAGCCAUGGUGGAGUCAGCGGGAGCGACUACAGCAACAUUCGCCAUCGAGAACAUGAACACCAUAGACCCAAACCAGUCUAGUUUGAACUUCGACGGCGCCCAGGCUCAUGACGUAGCGGAUAUGGUGAAGCAGUACUUCAGAGAGCUCCCUGAUGCUUUGCUGACUAACAAAUUGAGUGAAACCUUCAUCGCUAUAUUCCAACAUGUUCCGGAGCCGCUCAGGCCAGAUGCCGUUCAAUGUGCAUUACUGCUUCUACCCGAGGAACAUCUGGAGGCCUUGCAGUCUCUACUGAUUUUCUUAGCGGAGGUCGCGGAACACUCAACCACGAAUCAAAUGACGGCUUCAAAUUUGGCCGUUUGUUUUGCGCCGACGCUGUUAAGACUACACCACGCGCCUCCGCAGACUGGUAGCACCAAAGAAGGAAAUUCAAAUAGAACCCUGAUAGAGAGCGCCCUUGACCAGCGCCAGAUCAGCGAGUCCCGAGCAGCACACGCCUGCCUGCUGCUGCUGGUGACGCAGCACAAACAGCUGUUCCUCGCACCAGCUGAUAUGCUGGCCAGGUGCAAGUUCAAUUACUUCGAGGAGAGCGUACCGGUAUCGCUUGAAGAGUUGGGAGCGGAUUUCAAUCAAGACUGGAAAGGUUUUCAGCAAGCCUGCAUCAAAGCUUUACUCAAAGAAGCCAAAGAGAAAACGCGCGGCUGGAUGUCAGUGUCGGGAGCGGCGCCUCACGUUGAGCUGUGCUGCAAGAAAGUGGGAGACGGACAUCCGUUGAGGUUGUGGAGGGCGACCACCGACGUGGAAGCACCGCCGCAGGAGGUGAUGCAAAGGAUACUCCGCGAGAGGCAUAUUUGGGACGAUUCCCUUGUAAAGUGGCGCGUGGCUGAAAAGUUGGGACCUAACGCAGAAGUCUUUCAAUACAUCACAGCAUCCAGCUUCAACUUGCCUCAUAGGGACUAUUGUGUGCUACGAUCUUGGCAGCAGGGUGGCAGCGGCGGCGGCGGUUGGUGCGCGGUGGCGGAGACGUCGGUAGCUCACGGGGCGGCGUCCGAUGGAGCCCGGGGCGUCGUUCUGGCGUCGAGAUACCUCGCACAGCCUGCGGGUAAAGGGCGCAGUAGACUUGUACAUCUCGCCAGGGUCGAUACUAUGGGACGUACUCCGGAAUGGUACAACAAAUGCUAUGGUCAUAUCUGUGCAUUGUACCUGGCCAGGAUUCGAGCCUCCUUCAAGCAUAACACAGAAGGACCCGAAUCGAAUGUAUGAUCCAAACAUUCCACUUAAGUCUCAUCCAACUGGGACAGACUUAAGUUUAACUCUACCUGAACGAAGCUUGUAUGGCUUCCAUAAUAAUAAUUCUGUGGAUAUCGUCUGUGUUGUACACCAAAUGUGGUAUUUAAAAAUAAAAAUCUCAAAUAUUACUUGCUAGAUAUGAAAUAGGCAUAAUAUUUUUGAUUUCAUUACUUAUUAGUAAUUUUUACCUACCUCCAACAUUCAUGUUAUAAUUUUUUAUUUUUUUUUGUAUUAUAAGAAAAACAUUUAACCAUCAACAGAUGCUAAAUAAAAAAAGCACAAUGCAAUUGUGAAAAUGAAAUUAAAUUAAAAAAAAGGAAGCUUUCAAUGCACUGUUGUAAUGGUGAAAUGUGUCCUUACCUAUUCGCCCACAAGGGACCUACCAAAAAGCCUGACUGCAUUACGCAUAUUAUUUAGUGUUUUAGGUUAAAAAAAAAUGUAUAUAAUAUACAAAAUUCGUGAUUAUAGAUUCCCCAUGGUGCAUAGUGAAUGUCUUACUGUAGAUUUAUUGAUAUAUUAUUCAAAAUUGUGAGUAGUAAUCUCAAUGUUUGUAGAUUUGAAAUAUUACCAAGACCUAUGUAAAGUUAUCAUAACAUAUCACUAGUCAUAUUAUUAUAUUCAUUAUUAAAUUAAAUAACACUUUUGUCUGUACCUGCCCUGUGUUCAGGACACAGUAUUACAAUAUGUAAAUAAAAGUUUAUCCAUAUAUACUCUGUGUACUUACCGUCAAAGUUGGCGUUUAUGUGAAAAUUAUAAUUAUUGACGUAUAAUUCCGUGUUAAAAGUUAUAUAAAGUUUUAAUUGUAAGAAGUCUGACUGUAAAUAAGGGAUAAGUAUAAUCAUCACAAUUUUAUGAUCUAUUUAUAAGUUGUAUGACGUGUUUCAUGAUGCAAGGUUAUUCGUGGAUGAGAACUCAUUUUUGCCUAACGCAGCCUAACCAGAGUUCCAAAGUAUUCAGUUUAAAAUAAAAUGCAGUUUGAAACACUCAUACAAAAUAAUUGUAUUUCCAAUUCUGGAAGAAAUAAUAUGGAGCCAAAUAUCACAAUCUUUGUAAAUAAUUAUAAGCAAUGAUAUUUUACGUAAAUCUCAAAUAAUUUAUGUGUUGCUAGUUACCUGUGAAAUCACAAUUUAAUAAUGCUUUGGUGCAGUUGUUGUAAUAAGUGAAAUUGUAUUUAUUUCUUCUCUUAUUCAUAGUACACCAUUUACAUAAUAUAUUAUACUAAAUCUAUAACUAUUUAAUAUUUAGUUAUUUCAAAUUUGUGCAUUAUAUUAUUGAACACUAAGAGAAAUCAAUGUUGUAGAUUAAAAAGAUAUUGGCAUGUAAGGAGGUCUAAUAUAGUCAGUGGAGUAUUGGAAAAAGAGGUUCUGUGAAUGUUCAUAUUUUAAAAUAUUUAAAGUCUUUAUUAAUAAAAUAUGCUUUGAGAAAGUUUAUAUAGAAACCUGUAUUUGCUAAAAGCCCUUUUCAACUAAUAAUAAAAAUAAUUUGAUUAAAAAAUAUAAAAGAACUUAAAUUGUUUAGUAUAUAACUAAUUUAUAUUAUUGUUGUUGCAAAUUUUUGCAAAUUAAAUGUUGUUAGGAAUUAUGAAAAAAAUACUAUUUUGAUAAUAAAUGCAAUACUUUUAAACUCUCAAUGUAAAUGUUUAGUGCACCCGAUUAAAAUUAUAUUCCGUCAUUUUGAUGUUUACCAAUAAAUACUCCUUGUAUGUUAUUAUGUAAAUUACCUUAUGUAAAAUAAACUAAUGCAUUGUGAUUUAUUCUUUAUGAAUUAUAUGGACCAUUAUAAA